GGUAUCACGCAGACAAAAAACAAAAAGUUUUAGUUCGGCAAUGGAGCUGAUAACGUAGUGGAGUCUGCGCAAUUUAUAAGUUUCCAUUCGCGGGACAUUUCCCUUUUUUUUGGUUCCAAUAAAUUGCAAGAUCCUGUAUAAGGCUCUCCAUAAUAAAGUUAGUAACUCUUUCUAUGAACUUUAAUUAUACGAGUUUGAAAAAAAUAUUUUCUGUUGAUUUGAUAUUUCAUAUUUAGUCAGCUUUGUCUGCUAAAGUUGUUAACAUUGGUUUAAAGCAUGAAGAACCUCCAGCAAAGCCUUUAUUUGUUAAGUUUAAUAACAUGUGUCUAUAUUACAAUCUGCUCUGGUGUUUCUGAUGAAGUUGGUGGAGAAGGGGUGGUCGUAAACAUGACCCGUGCCAAAGGAAAUUUCCACCCUGUAGAUUCUAAUCUUACUAGAAAAGAAUAUUAUUGGUUGAUUACACCAAGCGAAGAGAAACAUCAUCCAAAAGGGAUUUUUUUGUUUUUCGCGUCACUUUUUCUUCAUGAAGAUGACAUGGUCACUGUUUAUAAGACUCUAGAUGAGGCUGAAAAUAGUACAAAUUCUAUUGUCGAACCUAUCCGUGCUCAGAACGGUUCUGUUACAAUUAUGACUGAUUUGCACAGCUUGGUUGUAAAACUUCAAGGAAAUACUACAGAUUACAUAAGGCAGUUUCAAGGUUAUUAUUCUUCUGAUGAAUGCUCCGUGGAUAUUACCCCUGAUGUACAUAUCAUCCAUUCACCCAUUUACAUAGGGAAAAAUAGCUCUGUUCAGUGUGACUAUACUUACAAUCAUGUACAGAAAAAGCGUAUAAAACCUGUAUUCCAGUUUGAUGUGUACAAUUACACAAAAUCUUCAGUUCAAUUAACGCAAACAACUUAUCCUUUUAGUACAUACAAUAAAGUGAAUCCUAUGGAUUUUUUCCCUGAUACUGCUCACAAUUCUAUGACAAUUACUGUCGACGUCAAAGAUAAAGAUGAAAAGUUUCGUUUACUAGUACGCCAAGUUGAUAGUGCUUGCAGUCAGUACAUCCGCCUUAAUGGUGUGUAUCCAACUCCAAUUGCAUCACCUAAGUAUGUUUUGGAUAAUGGAACUUUUGGAGAUGAAUGUUUAUGGAUUAUCGAGCAUGGCGAUGGAAAAAAAAUAUUAGGUGUAGCUUUCAUUGAACUCUAUUUAUCCACUGUAUUGGACAUAGUAUCAAUAAACGACGGAGCAUCUUUUGUUUCUCAACCUUUGUUUCAAGUUACAGCCUCACAUGCAAAUACUUCCAUGAAUCAAUUGAUACGGUCAUCUGGUCCAUAUUUGUGGAUAAGUUUUAAACCGAACAGCUUUAUUUCAGAAAUAAAAGCCAAUAUCACUGUACAUGGGCAAGGUGGACAUUAUGUAGACAGUGGACACAUAAGAAUGCAAGAAACAGUUGGCAACGAUACAAUAUUCAUGCUGGAUGUCAACGAAACGGAAGUUGUUUUGUUAAACUUCACUGUAUCUGCGUUUAAAUCACCUGCUACUUUGACUAUCUAUGAUGGGUUUGAUUUAAGCAAUGUGAUCACAACUCUUCAUGGUGAUGUGUGGUAUCCCAUCUUGUCACAAAGCUCCAAGAUGAUGAUCAUUGCUACUGGUUUCAGUGCAGGUUCUUUUGAGGCUGAUUUUAAAGGAGUCUCACCUGGUUGUAUGCAUAUGAGUACACUUACCAAUGAAAAUUAUGUGUUAUCUGGGAACUGCAAUAACACUUGCAUGUGGAUUAUUCCUCCUCAAAACAUUCCUGGCUCCACUCUUUUGUUACACCUCCAGUAUAUAUCUUUGUCUAAAGAUGAUUCUGUUGUGAUAUACAAGUUAGAUGCUGAUAGAACACAAAUAGGUAACUUUGAUGUCUCCCAAAAUAAUGUACCCAAAUUGAGUAUCCCAGCCUCGACUGGUGCAAUGGUCCGGAUUACUCGUAAAGCUUGCGUUAAACCUGACAAUGUUGUUUUGGUUGGACACUCUAGCUUCAUCCCAGUUUGUGGUGGUAUAUUGAACUUGAAAGCAUUGGAAACCUUUCACAUUACAUCACCUCUCUUCCCUGACACUUAUCCCCUGUUCUCUAACUGUAACUGGACUAUUGUUGCACCAAAGGAUAGUUUGAUUCACCUAACAUUCAAUAAGAUGUCAUUGGUACCAGAACAUUGCAUCAGAAUUUUCAACACCAAGAAAAAUACUACCUUAGAGUACAGUGGCUCUAAUUUACCGGAUGAUCUUUUUGUUUCUAAUGGUUCAUUCGUGGAGUUCAUAUCUGAUAAGUGCAAAACUUCAAAAUCCCCUCCAUCACUCACUUCUUCUGAAGGUUUCACACUCAAUGGAACCGUUGCUGAAUGUGGAGAUGUCUUGGAUAAAGAUCUUUCUGGUCAAUUUAUGGUAAAUGUAUCAGUUCCGACUCAGACUUUGUGCAUGUGGAAAAUAUCAGUUCCUGCUAGCAACAAUGCUAUGGAGGGUUCCGUGAAUAUCAUAGCCUAUAACAUAUCUACAAAAGCAGAGAAAGAUAAUUAUGAGAUGAAAGUGUUUGAUGGUGCGUCCAUUCGAGAACCCCAAAUUGUAAACAUGAGUUCUUCUGAAGUGUGGAGUCGAAAGAACAGCAUCAUUAUUAUCUACAAGCGUUUGAAUGUAUCAUUGCCCUCAACGAUUUUCCACAUUGAUUACAAAACUAUAACUUGCAACUCAUCCAUGCUGUGUGAAAACAAAAUCUGCAUGCAUCCUGACUGGGUAUGUAAUGGUCGCAAUGAUUGUGGAGAUUAUUCUGAUGAAAAGAACUGUGAUACUUCACCCCCACCUCCCGUCAUACAGCAAUUUGGAUAUUCUGAAACUACAUUUUGGGUAACUCUCUUCUGUAUGUUAGGUACGGGUAUAGUUUUUGGUAUCGUUGGUAAAGUUUUCUACGAGAAAUACAAGAAUGGACAAUACCAUCGUUUUAGUGAUAUUUCUGUUAUUGAGUAAUAUCUGGAUUGUUAUAUCAAUUGAAAGCAUUUUUUUUUUUUUUGUUGUUCAAAAAUACUUUUAUCAAAGUAUCCAGCAUUUGUUUUGAAGUAGAAUUUCAUGUUCUCAGCUGAAUGUGGUUAUUGAAUUAAGUUUUGUGUUAUGUAUUUAACAUUUUGCAUUCAAACAAGACUGGUUAGUGGUAUGUUAUCUAAUUGUUACAAUGUAAUUUAUUUUAUUACAAUACCUUUUUAAUAAUUUGAAAGGUGUGAUAAUUAUAUCGUCCAAAUGCUUUCUGGUAAGGAAAUACAAAGUAAAGCACCAUUUAUAUGUUUUUCAUAUUUCAGGAUGGUUUAGAUUCAUUUUAAUGACAAAUCAUGUGUGUUUAUAGAGUAGUUUUAUUGGAAGCAAAAUUUAUUCUCAUUGUUUUGACUAUUUCUCUUUAAUAACUGAACUUCUAGGGAAAAAUAGUACAAAAGCAGAUGUUUCACCUAGAAGGCAUUGUUUGAAUUAGUAAUUACUUUGCAAGACUAAUGUUUCAAAAUAUUAUUUUAAGUAAGAAAAAACAUAUAAAUGGCUCUUUACUGUAAUUUUUUUAAACAUUCCCUAGAAAUAAUUAUUAAAUUUUUCUUAGAAGUUUAUGUAAUCAUAGUUACAAAUGGGAAUGAAUCUCUUCAAACUUUUAAACAUCACUCUAAAUUUUUAAUUAUUAACUGCAUUUGUAACUUACUUAUUACAAUUUAAGUAGCUGAUAUUAACCUUUAAAAUAAUAUUUUCCUUAAUUUGUAAUUACCACAGAAUUUGUGUAAUCCCCUGAAUUAUUGUUGAUGGGUGAAUCAUUAAAUUUAAAUUUUCUUCUUUCAAUUGUGGAGACUAUGGUAUUCCAAUUUGUUAAUUUUAUAUGAUUACCUACUAAUUAUAUUGUUAAAAUCAGAUGUAAUUUUAAAUACUGCAAAUCUUUACGAUUGCCAAAUUUGUCAAUCAAAAUAUUUCUCAUGUUUUAUAUUAAAUAAAAAUUUCUAAGCAAAAUUUUUCUGUGAUGAUCAUUGUACACUAUCUUAUGCGAUUAUUUUGUAAAGAAAAUAAAACUGAAGAAAAUUA